AAUACAGCAGGCAGUGCUGUUGGUCCGUGUUGGGAGCGCAUGCAGAGCGCACGGUGCGGCGCUGCCUCUCCGCAGCGACAAAACAAGCCUCCCUUCUUCACAUCGGACAGGCGACAGAAAAGACAGGUCGACCCACCGCCCGCAUCACAUCCACAUCCACGUCCACGUCCACGCUUUGACCAGCUGACUGGAGCGAAGAGUGGACCUUCUGAUGCGCACUGCUGAGCCUGCAGGGCCAUUUACAUCAACUAUACUCCCUCUCUCUCCUCUCCGCCUGGAGGCUGGAAGUAGAGCGGUUUAUCUGCGGUAGGUUAUUGAACGUAUGAGAUUGACAAACUAACGGUAGUUAUCUGCGGAUGAAAUCUGCUGAUCAGAGCGCAUUAUUUGUCAGAGCGAUGGUGGAGAUGAAACAUGUCAGAGCCGGAGAGAUCCUCAUCUGAGUUGCGUCCUGUGUGAACUGCAUCAACGCAUCUGCUGAAGCCUGCUCCUCUUGACUCGAGAUGGUGAGUCACGCCCUCUCUCUCGCUGAAUAGCCGGCCUCACAAAGGCGAAAGGAUCUCAGCUCAGCCUGUAAAUAAAACCCUCUUCCUUCUGCUCAGCGUGGGAGAAAGUGCCACUGUGGUGCUGGGGUGGCAUCUCUGUGGGCUGAUAACUGGAGUGAAAGCAGCGUUGAGGGAUCAUCUUUCACUCUGAGCCACUCAACUUUCAUGCCGUGGCCCCGGAGCCGGCUCUCAGGGCUGGACCGUCAGCGGGAACGCAGAGAGACUCUCACGUGGACUCAGAGCAGCACAGAGCACAGGUGUAAAGCAUCUUCCUCAGGAGACUGAAGAGGCAUACAUGAGGGGAAAAGUCAUGCUAUGGUUUGGAUGACCUUCCAACAACAGGAUUAAGACACUUUAACUGACUUUUUCUCCAUCUUUGUUGGGGCCCAUUUGGGCUGUGUGGUAGGAACAGGGACAGCUGGUGUUGAUGCUUCUGCUUUAUGAGUUUUCAUCACUUGGAGAGCGUAUCUGAGUGGCAGGGGGAGCCAGCAUGGCCAAGCCUCUGCUGAAGAUACAGCGCUAUUUCCGCAGGAAACCCGUCCGAUUCUUUUCCCUCAUCCUCCUCUACCUGACCGCUGGGAGCCUCGUCUUCCUGCACUCUGGCUUCGUCGGGGACAGCGGCCCCGGGGCCAGAGGGGGCCGAGACUCUGUGGUAGCUGCAGAGAUGGGGGGCCGGACUUCAAUGUCUGAUGCUCGGGGGCUUGGCAUCAUGAGUAGAGUGUUUAAGGAGACGCGCAGGUCUGGACGGAGGUACGGCCCUCCGUGGAUGAAAAAGGCCAGACAGGAGGGCCAUGAGACGGUGCGCAGGGGGGGAGACUACACCAACAACUGGAACCGUGCACUUAAAGGACGCAGUGCCAAAGACGUGGACGAUGGAAGAGCAAAGUAUUUUGGCUGCUACAUCGAUGACACACAGAAAAGGGCGCUGAGAGGAGUUUCCUUUUUCGACUACAAAAAAAUGACUGUAUUUCGUUGCCAGGACAACUGUGCAGAAAGAGGGUACAUGUUCGCAGGUCUGGAGUUCGGAGCAGAGUGCUACUGCGGUCACAAGAUCCAGGCACCCAAUUCUUCAGACAGCGAAUGCAAUAUGGAGUGUAAAGGAGAGAAGAGUAACCUGUGCGGAGGAGCCAACCGACUGUCCAUCUACAGGUUGGAGCUGAGCCAGGAGUCGGCGCGCCGCUAUGGCAGUGCCAUUUUCAAAGGGUGUUUCCACAGGCCAGACAAUGUCACUCUGGCACUUCCCUUCAGCGCGGUCAUCCAAAACAUGUCUGUGGACAAAUGUGUGGACAUGUGCACAGAGAGGGAGAAAACGCUGGCCGUCCUGGCUGGAGAUCGAUGUCACUGCGGCUUCCCGACUCCUCUCUUCUCCCUCCAUGAGCCGGAGGACGAGGGCAUGUGUCUCCACCGCUGCUACGGGGAAGAGUUCGAGAGCUGCGGGAACGACGAGUACUUUGUGGUGUACCAGACGCAGGUUCAAGAUAACCGCUGCAUGGACCGCCACUUCCUCCCCAAUCGUGCCAAGCAGCUGGUGGCCCUCGCCAGUUUCCCCGGAGCCGGCAACACCUGGGCUCGCCACCUCAUAGAACUCGCCACAGGCUACUACACCGGCAGCUAUUACUUUGAUGGCUCCCUUUACAAUAAAGGGUUUAAAGGGGAGCGGGACCACUGGCGGAGUGGGAGGACGAUCUGCAUUAAGACGCACGAGAGCGGCAAGAAGGAGAUCGAAUCCUUUGACUCCAGCGUCCUCAUGAUCCGAAACCCCUACAAAGCUCUCAUGGCUGAAUUUAACAGAAAAUAUGGCGGCCACAUUGGAUUUGCUUCCCAGGCCCACUGGAAAGGAAAAGAGUGGCCCGAGUUUGUGAAGAACUAUUCCCCUUGGUGGGCGUCCCACACAUUGGACUGGCUGAAUUAUGGAAAGGUCGUCCACGUGGUCCACUUUGAGAACGUGAAGAGGGACCUGUUCUCCCAGCUGAAGGGGAUGGUCCAGUUUCUGGGUUUGAAGGUUGCUGAGGACCGUCUUCUCUGCGUCGAAGGCCAGAAGGAUGGAAACUUCAAGCGAUCGGGGCUACGAAAGCUUGAAUAUGACCCCUAUACUCCUGAAAUGCGAGCGAACAUCAACGAAAUGAUCAGAACAGUAGACGCUGCCUUGAGGAAAAGGAACAUGUCCGGAGUUCCAGAGGACUAUAUGCCAAGAUGAUAUAUGUGAUCCCCUCAUUUUAUUUUUGUUCCUCCUCUAAUUGGACAGACUCUGCACCAUAUUUUGUAGGAUUACAUGAAUGAACAUAGGUUGAAGCUGUAGUGAGAAAUAAUAGUCUCUUUACCCUCCUAUUUUAAUUUUCUAUUCAUGUUCUUUCAUUUUCUGUUGAACCUCAGCAGCUUCAUGCAUUAAUAGAAGAAGCAGUUUUAACUUGGGAGGAAAAGCACUUCUUAUCCCGCUCUAUGCACAUGUGCUGUGUAGGCAUGUGCACAUGCCUUAACAAGAGGAAGGUACAAUAGCUGUGACUACAGAGAGGCUCAUCUGACUGCGCUGGGUGACUAGUUGCCAGUGACCCAAAACAUAUUAUACAAUACUGCAAAGUGUGUUGUAUGAGCUUAUUUUGUGCUAAAGAGAAAUAUGAGAAAUCAAAACAUUAAAAUGUAUGAAUCUUCUGCUGCUAUCACAGUUACAGAAAAAUACUAUUUUAUACAUAAAAACUUUAAAACGUUUAGCCCUUUGUCAGAGGGAAAAAAUGCAAUAUGCAGGCUAUAACUACCUGAUGAUGAUACUGUGUGUUUCCAAGUUUUUGUAAGUUAUUCAGCUUAGAGGAUUCUUGUUUUCAAUGAUGAAGAGGUAAAGAACUCAGCUCCUCGUAUUCAAGAAGAUGAAUAAUCCCUCUUGAAGGCACUGACUCCAGGAGAGAAGAGGAUUUAUCUCGACAGCAUUUAUUUAUCUCUGGUGUGCAGUGCACAUGUCGACUAAUUUGGUUGUGAAUAUGUUUUUUUAACACUGGACCCGAUGCAGAAAUCCAAAAAGCACUUUGCUGUGCAACACUUGCCCCAAAGAUCACUGAGGAAUUAGGCGUUACACUCGUGUUAUAGAUCGGAGGUUACCUUUAGCAGUAGUGAUCGUUAUAGGUUGAUUUUAUGACAGUUAUUCAUAUUGAUUGAAAACAGUUUUUUGUUUUGUCGCUUUGUUGUAAGAACAGUUAUGAAGCAGUUAAAUCAUUUUACUCCUUAUAAUUUAAAAAGAAUCUCUACAAAAGUGUGAAAAAUUCUGCUCAGAUUCUGUAAGCAGCACGUCUUAUAACGGUACUCAAUGUGCUAUGCCAUAUGCUUAAAAAUAAACAAAUAUAUUAAUAGAUACAUGAGUAUAUAAAUAAAUAAAACUCUGGUAAUUGAGAGCCAGAAAACAUGAACUGACUUCCAUUUUCAGAAUGAUAUAAAUAUAUUUUUUUAGAGUGCGCUGACGCAUCGACAAUAUUUCUAUUGCAACGAGCAAAACGGGAGAAGUUGUUUCUAUUUUUAACACAUGCUUUAAACUUUAUUGGCUCUCGCUCUCAUUGACAAGCCGGCACUUUCUGAACGUAGGUGUCACAUAUGAAUGUAUUUUCUAUGGAACGAAUGUAAUGUGAUAAGGCCCAAUAAAUGAGUACAUAAAAUCA